AUGAAAGUAAAAAGUUUUAAUUGUAUUCUCAUCUGGGCGCUUUAUGCUGUGAAUAUUGAUGCGUUUGCAAAACCAAAAGCAAUUCCUUUACAACCGUCAACAUUUGGCGGUGUUGUGGAUGGAUUCGGGCGAUUUACAAAUACUUUUAAGGAAACAAAUGCAUGGAAACGAUUUAAUGGAAUGCAAAAUUUAUUGCAAGAGCGACCUAGACGGUUUAUGAGAGUUGUGCAAGAUUUUGUGAGUGGAAUAAGGAACGAAGAGAGGGUAGUUGUAAAAACAAGGAAUGGAGCUUUGAGAGGAAGAUAUCAGACAUUUAAAACUGGCAAUAGUGGCGGAUAUUUUAGUUUUCAAGGAAUCAGAUAUGGUAAAGAACCAUCAGGAGAUCGAAGAUUUAAAGCUGCACUGCCUGAAGAUCCAUGGACAGGAACAAGAACAGCAUUAAGAGAAGGUGCAAGCUGUCCUCAUCGAAAUAUGAUACUCGAAAACUAUAGAGGAAAUGAGGAUUGUCUAUACUUGAAUGUCUACACGCCAAUUGUACCUGAAGGAAGAAGCAAUCCUAAAUUCCAAGUUCUAUUUUGGAUUCAUGGAGGUGCCUUUCAAUUUGGCAAUGGAAAUGCAUUUUUAUACGGUCCUGAUUAUUUCAUGGAAUCUGGUGAAAUAAUCUUAGUCACUAUUAAUUAUCGUUUGGGACCUUUAGGAUUUUUAAAUACUGGAACUCCAGAAGCUCCUGGAAAUGUUGGAUUAAAGGAUCAAAUCUUAGCUUUAAAAUGGGUUCGUGAUAAUAUUCAAUACUUCGGAGGAGAUCCAAAUGAAGUCACAAUCGCCGGUCAAUCAGCUGGUUCAGCAUCAGUGCAUUACUUAAUAUUGUCACCUUUGGGAAAAGGGCUUUUCAAAAGAGCAAUAGCUCAGAGCGGCGUAGCCAUCAACCCAUGGAGUUUCACUGACAUUCCAAAUGAACGAGCUUUUAUGCUUGGCAGGGCAUUGAGCUAUGAAACAAACAGUACAGAAAAGUUAAUCCAGUUUCUCCGGAAAGCAACACCUCAACAAAUUGUCGAUUCAGCACCAAAGACUUUAAACAUUGAAGAUGCACGAAAGAACGUUGGAUUGGCAUUUGUACCAUCUAUCGAACGUGUCUUCCAAAUGACUAACGAUACAAAUCCUGAAUAUGAUCAACCAUUUUUGACGGAACAUCCACUCAAAAUCCUAAAGGAAGGUCGAUUCAAUAGAGUUCCAUUGUUACUCGGAUUUAAUGCUCACGAAGCUAUGCUAUUUUUAAGAAGAUUUAAAAAAGACAGAACGCUGCUUACCCAAUAUGAAAAUGAUUUCGCGAGAUUAGUUCCGCUGGAUUUAAACAUUCCUGGAGGUCGAUAUGGUAGUGAAGCGACCUUAGUGUCAGAUCGAGUACGAGACUUUUAUUUAGGCGGUCGAGCAAUAUCUCUUGACACAGUUGAAGAAAUGAUUUUACUUCUUACUGAUAUCAUGUUUAUUCGUGGAAUUUCCAACACUGCGAAAAUACACGCGAAAUAUAGUGGCAAUAAUGUCUAUUUAUAUAGAUUCAGCUAUGAUGGCGCUUUAGGAUUAUAUAAAAGGCUAUUGAACGUCAAUCGACCGGGUGUUUGUCACGGCGAUGAACUUGGCUACCUCUUCUAUUUUGGUAUAUUCAACGUCAGUUUAGAUCCGUCGUCGUCUGAGGCGAAUGUGAAGAAAAGAAUGGUACGAAUGUGGACAAACUUUGUAAAAUACGGCAACCCAACGCCGCUAGCAAAAGAUGAUCAAAUGCUUGCAGUAAAUUGGGAUUCAGUUGAUUCAAAAACACCCCAACCGCUUACAUACUUGGACAUUGGAACGAAACUAGAUUUAAAGAAAAGCCCUGAACAAGAGAGAAUGGAAUUUUGGGAUGAUUUGUAUCAGCAAUACAACGCAGGCUUAAAGUAAAAAGUGAAAGAAUCAAGGAUUCGAGGAUGCUGUCGUGUCAGUCAGCAAAAGUCAUUAAUUUUAACAACCAUAAUAAGUCAAGCUAGAGUUCCAACUUUGUGAGAAAAAUAAUAACUAUCUUUAAGAGGGUUUUGAAGAAUGUGGGAAGGGUUGAGUGUGUAGUGCUAUAAAGCGCUCACUAGCUUAGCUACUUGUGAGCGUUACGCUUUUGAAAUGUCAUGUAUUAGGGUACCGUAUGUAAAUAUUAUCAGGAGAAAAACAAUUGUCUCAAUAUAGAUUUAUUAAGAAAUUGACGAAAAAAUCGCUUGUGGAUAGUAAAAAUAAUUUUAGGAUAUAAUCAUUUCAUUUCAUCGAUUUCAUGUAAUUUGUAAGCAUGAAGCAAAAGAUAAUUUAAUUCAUAAAAAGUACAAUUCAUAAAACCUAUAUUCUUUAACACAAUUUUUAGCGCAUUUUUGAAACUUGCUACCUUCGAAAAGGUAGCCUAAUAAUACACUUUGUUCGUUCGUUCGUCCCAUAAUAAAAACAUUUUAACCAGACAUCGUGGAGAGCUCAUGAUUGUUUUAUUAGCUCUAUUACCAUCGAUUUAUCGGUCCAUCGAACAGUUUAAACCUUAAGCAGUGUGUAAAUACUUUAAUUAAUGAUUUUUUUGAUUUCAAUACAGUGCAACCUGUUGAAAUUUUU